GGCGGCGCUGCGCGGCGCCGAGGCCCUGGGGCCGCCGGAGCCAGCGGGAGCGCGUGCCCAUCGUCUCCCCUCGCCCCCCACCCUGUCGCCGGCAUCGGUCUCUGCGGCGCGGACGUCCGGCGCGGGAGAGAAAGCGUGAGUCCUGGUUUGCGGAGGAGGUCAUUACUGAUGGGAGGGAGAAGCCCUGAGUCUGGACCAGUGGACUUUUGAUUUCAGGAGGAAGGUCCCGAAGAUGGCUUGGUAACAAAGGCACCUUCCAAUGAUCGGGAGCAUCUUUCCCCGGGGGUGCCUGCCCGGGCCAGUGGCGUCUUGUUGAGCUGAAGGAAUUUGUCUACUGCUUUCCCGAAAACCUCUCUCUCUCCUAAUUCAUGAGCCAGCAGGAUGCGGUUGCCGCGCUUUCAGAACGCCUUCUCAUAGCCGCGUACAAAGGCCAAGUGGAGAAUGUGGUUCAGCUCAUCAACAAGGGCGCCAAGGUAGCGGUUACCAAGCAUGGCCGGACCCCCCUGCAUCUUGCUGCCAAUAAGGGCCAUCUCUCUGUGGUCCAGAUCUUGCUGAAGGCUGGUUGUGACCUCGAUGUCCAGGAUGAUGGGGAUCAGACCGCCUUGCACCGGGCCACGGUGGUGGGGAACACGGAGGUCAUCGCGGCGCUCAUCCAGGAGGGCUGUGCCCUGGACCGACAGGACAAGGAUGGGAAUACGGCCCUGCACGAAGCGUCCUGGCACGGUUUCAGCCAGUCAGCCAAGCUGCUUGUUAAGGCAGGGGCCAACGUGCUUGCCAAGAACAAGGCGGGGAACACCGCUCUGCACCUGGCCUGCCAGAACAGCCACUCCCAGAGCACGCGCAUCCUCCUGCUGGGCGGGUCCCGCGCUGACCUCAAAAAUAACGCAGGCGACACCUGUUUGCACGUUGCUGCACGCUAUAAUCACUUGUCCAUCAUUAAGCUCCUCCUCAGUGCUUUCUGUUCUGUCCAUGAAAAGAACCAGGCUGGAGACACAGCACUGCAUGUUGCCGCUGCCCUGAAUCACAAGAAGGUGGUCAAAAUCUUACUGGAAGCUGGAGCAGAUGGGACCAUUGUUAAUAAUGCAGGCCAGACUCCGCUGGAGACUGCCCGCUACCACAAUAAUGCGGAAGUUGCUCUUCUCCUCACUAAAGCUCCCCAGGUCUUGCGCUUCAGUCGUGGGCGAAGCCUGAGGAAAAAGAGAGAAAGGCUCAAGGAAGAGAGGAGAGCUCAGUCUGUGCCAAGAGAUGAGGUGGCACAAAGCAAGGGAAGUGUCUCGGCAGGAGACACCCCCAGCAGUGAACAGGCUGCGCCCAGGAAAGAAGAGCCCAGAGAAGAUUUCCUGUCAGCCUCGCCGGAGCCCAGAGCAAAGGACAACAGGCAGAGAAAGUCAAGGCCCAAGGCGUCAGCAUUUUCUGACCCCACCCCACCAGCGGACCAACAGCCUGGACACCAGAAGAACUUGCACACUCAUAAUCACCCUAAAAAGAAGGCCAGGCAUCGAUGCUCUCCCCCACCCCCUCCGCAUGAGUUUAGAGCAUACCAGCUCUACACGCUGUACCGCGGCAAGGACGGGAAAGUGAUGCAGGCACCAAUAGAUGGUUGUCGAUGUGAACCCCUGAUCAACAAGCUGGAGAACCAGUUGGAGGCAACUGUGGAGGAGAUCAGAGCAGAGCUGGGGUCGGUUCAGGAUAAAAUGAAUACAAAGCUGGGACAUAUGGAGAGUAAGACGCAGCACCAAAUGCGUGUUCUGGACAAGCUGAUGGUUGAGCGACUCUCGGCAGAGAGGACGGAGUGCCUGAACCGCCUGCAGCUGCACUCAGACACGGAGAAGCAGGAGGGAGAGAAACGACAGAUGUCCUUGGUGGAUGAAUUAAAAACCUGGUGCAUGUUAAAGAUUCAGAAUCUGGAGCUGAAGCUUUCUGGAGAUUCCAGGGCCUCUAGGACUAAAUCCACACCAUCCACUUGUGAAUCCUCCACAGCAGGUGUGGACCAAUCAGUGGUGACUGCAGGUCCAGUAGCAGCUUCUGACACUUCCCCCCAGGUGGUUAGGCCCAAGGAGAAGGCCCUCAACGCCACUGCUACCCACAGACUCCAGCAAGAGCUGUCUUCCUCGGACUGUACAGGCUCCCGACUGAGGAAUGUCAAGGUGCAGACAGCCUUGCUACCCUUGAAAGAGGCAGCCAAAUGUGAUCAGCAGGCUGGGCCCUGCAUCGACAGAGGCACCCAAACCAAGAAAUCUGGGAAGAGUGGGCAGACAAGGCAUCGAGCCCAGCAGCCAGCACCCGGCGCCAGCUGUGGGCCGCCACCAGCAGCAGGCAGUGAGCAGACUGCCCCGCACCUUCGAGACACCUCCCAAGCUCUCGAGAUUACCCAGUAUUUUUUUGAGGCUGUUUCCACCCAGAUGGAAAAGUGGUAUGAGAGGAAGAUUGAAGAAGCACGAAGCCAAGCCAGUCAGAAAGCCCAGCAAGACAAGGCCACGCUGAAGGAACAUAUUAAAAGUUUAGAAGAGGAACUUGCUAAACUGAGGACGAAGGUGCAGAAGGAAAAUUAGGGCCAGGAAAGGGCACCUGAAGGCAUCCUUGGGGAUUUCCAGUUUUGCAAUUGCGGAGUAGCUAUGCCGAGGGUGUCAAUUAUUGUGCACAUAGCAGACUUGCCUUUAAAAAAAAUCACUAAUUUCUAAAAUGUGCCAGACACACACUUCCUAUGCUCUGAAGUUAUGAAGACUUCAACAAUUAAACUGAAACCAGGGUUGGCUUGCUUAGUUUCAGGUUGCAUGACAAACUCAAAACCUCAGUCCAGGUUCAUCUGAAGUGCAACAGCUCAGAUGAAGCGAGCCACGCUAAGAAACUGAGUGAUAUGUAAGCCGGGACCCUAAAAUUCAGGAUGUGGGAAAUAAUAUAAAUCAAAAGCAAGAGAAAGGUUAACCCCUCGUGAACUCCAAUCAAGUAUUCGUUCGUAUAAACACACCUGCUGUGCCUAGACAAGUGGCCUCUGCCGGAGAGCCGUCACUGAGAUGCACGCUCAGCCCUCUCUCAAAUUCAUGACUCUCAAAAGCCAACAUUUCAACCAGGUGGAAACUUAUCAAACAGAUGUUGAGGAGAAAGAGAUUUUCAUGAUAUCCCAGGAUCCUUUAUAUCUUAAAAUGUUUUGCAACGUCAGAGUGUAUUUAAGUAAUGAGUAACUGGCCAACAGCACCGGGAAUGUUUGUUAGUAAUGAACUCAAAUGAGAAAGGGUCACAUCAUUUGACCAUGGUUUCUGUAUUUUUAGCCAAAGUAUAGAAAUAUUACAGUUGAUUAAUCCUAGUGAUUUUAAAACAGAUCAAUGGAAAAACAUUCACAUAGCAAUUACCGGAAACUUCUAUAACCUGUUUGUAUUCAAACCCAAUUAUCUUAGAGUACCUUUCUGAAUUUGAGCUUAUUGGUCUACAUUUUAUAAAGAAAUGAAAGUAUUUUAUUUUUAAUUGAGUUCUGUCAUUGAAGAGCCUCAAAAGCUUUCCAGUGCUUUGCAGUGCCUACGUCAAGGUAAAUAACUCAGUAAUUUGAUUUAGACCCCACAAUUCCCCAGCCGCGUGGAGCCCUCAGGAUUUUACUCUGCCCUGUGGAGCAUACACAGUUUUACAGGUAGCUUGGGUGUGUUGAAACUUUGGAUUUAAUUAUUUUCUAAGCUUCUUGGCCCUUGAAAUGUGAGAUUAUAGUCAUCUCAAAAUUCCAUGUCUGCAUAGAAACCUCAGUUCUAUUUCUAUAAACACGGGAACUGAGUAACUAUUGUCUAUAAUUUGGAAUAAAAUGUUGCUCAUUGAGCCAAACAGAGAAUCUUGACUUCUUGACAUAGAAACACCCAGCAAAACAGUAUGCUGUAGGCCCUUUGUUUUUUGCCUGUCAAGUUCAUAGUUGUUUUUGUUUUGUUUUUUAAAUAGUGACAGUCCAUGGAGAUAGGCAUUCCUAGUAAAUGUGGAUGUAUGUCACCAUUACAGAACCUGGGCAGGGAAUUAAUCUGAUGUUCUCUCAAGUUUUCAGUUUUGUAAGCCUGUCCUGUUCUCAACUGCUGAGUAGGUAGACGGUUCUUCCCCAGAGACCCCCAUUGGAUUGCUAAAUGUAGAGGCACCUUCCUCUCUCAUUUCGCUCCUUGUUCCUGAUGCAGAAUCACAGAAUUGCAGAGUUAUCAGUUUUCUAAAUCUAUUUUAAACACGGUACCACUGACCGCUUUAGAAUUGUUCCUCAAUAUACACUGAGUUCUUGAGAGCUGCGUCGUACUCAAAGAAGAGAUGAAUUCCUAAGAUGUCCAGGAAGUUGUGUUCCAAGCAGGAUUUAUUUUCACUUAUCAGAAUACUUCCUGUUACCUCAAGGGAUAUCCUUGUUGAGAAAUCCCGAAAACAAAGUAAAUUUUAAUUUAUCUAGACCAUAGAGUGCUUUGGUAGGAAGUAUUUUGAUGGUGUAACUCCUACCCAUCAGAAGCAGGCAGGUUAUCAUUGUGACCUGGAUAUUCUGGUCAAAGUGACAGGUAGGGGAGAGACUUGGGGAGGAAGGAGAAAGGUCAGUGCACCUAGUCUGACAGAUUCCAUGGAUCUUCUCUCUCUCAUAGAAGGGAAAACCAUAGAGGCAAGGAAAUAGAGCAGGGUCAGCCAGCCUCCCAACCCAAAGAGAUGGCCGCAUCAGCGAGACCAAUGCAAUAGCUUUGUAUUGUCAACAACUGUAUUUGGUCUGUUUUUGUUCCUUAGCAUUGCCAAAAACUCAGCUAUGGAUUCCACGUGUAUUUUUCCCUUUGCUGUCUACUAAAAUGAGCAAAUGCCACAAUAGUACUUUUCCAAAGAAGCAGAACUAUUAACAAUUUGUAGGCUGUCAUGUAGGUCAUAUUUGAAAUGAGAUUGGAACUUGAGCUGUGGGAAAAACGAUGUGAAACAGAAAAGUUGUACAAUAUUGCAGUGUCUUUUUAAAACAAUUGUUAGUGGAUUGAAUAUAGUCAAUAUCUGUGAUAGACUGAGUAUCACUUCUAAUCUUACCUUUGACCUUGGGAGCCCAAAUAAAGGAAGUGAUGUUUUUG